AUGGCCAGCCGCCGCCGCUGCCCCAGUUCGCCGGCGGCCAAUCCGCUGGACGACGAGAACCUCCUCUGCGAGAUUCUCCUCCGACUUCCCCCGCAGCCUUCGUCCCUCCCUCGCGCAUCCGCCGUCUGCAAGCGCUGGCGACGCCUCGUCUCCGAAGCCGGCUUCUUCCGCCGCUUCCGCCUCCACCACUACCGCAACCCGCCACUCCUCGGUUUCUUCCAAGAUGGAUCGAAAGGUAUGACCUUCGUACCUACUCUGGAGGCCCCCAAUCGUGUCCAUCCACGGCGCUUCUCCUUGCAGCGCGACGGCACCGACCGGUCUUACAUGCCCCUCGGAUGCCGACAUGGUCUUUUCCUCAUCUUGCUUCCGGAGCGCCUACAGGUCCUGGUCUGGGACCCCCUCACCGGCGACCAGAACCGCAUUGCCGUUCCUGCGCCCUUCGCUACAAGUAGCGCCAACAUCAAUGGGGCGGUGCUUCGCGAUGCCGGAAACGUCCAACGGUUCCAGGUGGUCUUGGUUCUGGUAGACGACGGCCACGACAAACAAAAUGUGCGAGCGCUCGCCUGCGUCUACUCGUCAAAUACUGGCUUGUGGGGAGAUCUACUCUCAACACCGAUUCCAUACAAAGCUAAAUUAAGCAGUUCCUGGAAUGACGCUGUGCGGGCUGGGGAUUCCCUUCACUGGAGGCUUUGGGGCGAUCUGGCUGGAAUUCUUGAGUUUGAUUUGGAGAAGCAGAGCCUAACUGUGAUAGGGGUGCCACUGGAUAAGAAGGACUGCUUCAGGAUUACGCGGACCGAGGGUGGUGGGCUUGGUUUUAUUUGUAUUUCGGAAUGCAGCGCCCAGUUAUGGAAGAGAAAGACUGAUAGCGACGGUGUUACUUCUUGGAUGCUUGGAAGAACUGUUGAACUGGACAAGCUAUUUUCCCUGAAAUUACGGCAGAAUGGGAACUUAAUAAUACUAGGCUACGCUGAGGAGAAUAAUGUGGUGUUAGUGUGGACGAUUAGCGGCCUCUUCAUGAUCCAUCUUGAGUCGUUCAAGUUCAAGAAGCUUUUUGAGACCAUGACCUUGUCUUACUACUAUCCGUUCGAAAGUGUCUUCCCUGCAGAAAAAGAUACUGGUGGUAGACAUGAUGGGGCUGAAAUUCCACACAAUGCAUAAGAUGAUUGUCUGGUUAGAUAUGCCAUUAUGGUGUUUUGGUUGAGCAGGUAUCUAGAGUUACAUUCCCGUCACGCAAAUGCAGAGAUGUAUUAGUGGGUGUAGGUUCUUCCAUUUUGUGCGGUGAUUGUCCCUCUAUGUAGCAUGCACUGGUCACCAUAAGGUGGACUUGUAUGAAUCAAUCGCUUAAUUUGCUAACUCCUGUCUAUUAUUUAAUUAUGUAGACAACCAGCAUGAUGGUUGAAGGCA